AUGGCGCACGUGGCCCGGCCGCGGCCUCUGUGCUCGAAGAUGAUUCCAUGGAUCUUGGUCGUGGCCUUUGUUCGGAUUCGGGUCCAAGGAGCCUGCUUGCCGGAUGCCAUUGAUGCAAGCCAAAGGCGAAAUUUGACGCGAGGUGAUGCCGGUGAAUCUUAUCCCGUGGGCCUUUUUGCACUUAAUUGGGCAGCCAGUCUCGUGACAACGGGUGUGGCCCAUGUCCUCAUAGAGGAGCGGAUGGGUUACAACGUCGUCGAAACAGGGCUUGGCACUGGAACCAUCGAGGGCUUCUACGCCCUGUUUGGAUGCCUGCAGCCGAACAACCUCACCAAUCGGGGCUGUGGGCCGUCGGUUACAUACAGUCACAUAGCAUUAGAAGCCUGGCCGGAAACUUACGUCAGCGAAUGGGCAGAGGUCGUCAAGCAGAAUCCAGCUAUGGCACCGGUGGUUCUGGGCAGUAUGGGUUACGAUGGCACCACUGGCAUCUUCUUCCCCUCCAGCAGCUUGAACUCGGCCUACUAUACAGAGGGCAUCGCGCUGGAGUUCUACCGUGGCUGGAACUCUUCGUGGAGCCAAAGCUGGAAAUACUUUGAUAGCGUGGCGUCCAUCGACCUGAAUCUGAUACUUCCAUGUGCGGAGACGCGCUUCCAGAUCUCGAAGGUCAACGAGGAUUACCUCCGCUACACAGGUGACACGGAUGGCGUGGAUGUGCUGACCAACGGCGAUCUUGUUGCAAGGUGUCCGGAUGGCCACUUCUGGCUUGCACCGAGCUGUCGUGCAGACGACUCCAAGUGUGUUCCAUACGUCACCGGCGGAAGUGGAUGGUGGUUAGAUGACACCAUGCAGAAAGCCACGGCCUACGAUAUUCCCAUGGCUGUUGGAGUAGCCAGAGAUCUCGGCGCACUGCCAAAGCAGAGGACGACAACCUUCUAUGCCUGGGAGCCAGAUACAACAUUUUAUGAGCUGCAGCCGGCAAGUAUCACCUUCCCUCCGAACGAUGUCAAUGCCCACUUGAACGGAGACAAGAGGACUGCCGGCCCUGACUCCUUGAUUGCGAAGGUCGUGAGCCAGGAUUUAUCCUCGCUGUCGCCGCGGCUGGAAGACUUUUUGCACAACAUGCGCUAUAGCAUGAAGGAUGUGAGCAGCAUGAUGGGGGACUUGCUCAAGACGGGAGACUCCCCCUAUGACGUGGCCUGCCGAUGGCUCUUGGACAACCGUGAUGCUUGGAAAGACUGGCUGCCGGACGAAACGAAAUGCUUCCCCGGCUUUGGCCUGUAUGACACGAACUUGUCGGAUUUCACAAGCAACAGGGAUAACCCCACAUUCUUGGAAUGUCGUGCCUGCGAGUCCGGGAGAUUCUCAUCCCGCCUGGAUGACAUCAAGGGUUUCACCUACGAAUGCAAGCGUUGUGCGCCCGGCACAAGCCAACCGUCCGGUGCAGCCUUGCAGUGCGAGAAGUGCAACCCAGGUGAGUAUCAGAACGAGGUGGGCAAGCAAGCGUGCAAUCGCUGCGAGAUUGGGUAUUACCAGGAUGAGCCUGGGUCGCCUCUUUGCGUCGUCUGCCCCAGCGGCACAACUUUGGGCCUCGGCUCAGUCUCUUUGGCAGACUGCGGAUGUGAGGCUGGCUACAUUGAUCAGGCUGACGACGGCAAUUUGAGUUGCCUGCCUUGUGGCUCGGGCCUGGACUGCCCAGCUCUGGGCUCCGUGACGAGCUUGGGGUCGGGCAGUUCUCCGCUGGGGACCAACUUCGUGCCCAAGGUGAAGGAGGAUUUCUACAGCUCGCCGGAGAAUCCGUUGAUGCUGUUCCGGUGCUUGGGAGCCGGACGCUGUCCGGGCGGCAGGCCGGGUAGCUGUGCAGGCGGACUCCAAUACCGGGCCUGCACCGAGUGCCCUGAGGGCCAGGUCUUCAGCGUCGAUAGCUGCCAGAACUGCACCGUCUGGCAGCAAGCUGGAUGGGUUCUAGGCUUGGUGUUGAUUUUUCUGGGGUUGGUUGUGGCCUACUACAUGCUCACCUUGCAAAGUACGGCGAAGGCCUCGGUGCUCUUCACGACAGCUUGCGCUUUCGGACUAACCAUCUCCUCCUUACAGAGCGUUGGGAUCGUGGGGAUGAUGACGGUGGACUUCCCGGCCGAGCUGAGGCCCAUCUUCGACCUCUUGCAAGUCUUCGUUCUGGAUAUCGACAGCUUGGCAUUCAGCUGCAUCGCUGGAAGCUCUGCGCCCGCUCGAUACAUUUCUUCAGUUCUUUUCUUCCCCGCCAUGGUCCUGUGGCUCGUGGUGUGUUCGUUUGUGUCUCGCGGGCUCUCCGCCGAGUUUCGGUGGGAGCGGAGCAAGACCUGCAGCGUAAUCGGAGCCUUGCUUCAGGUGGGCUUCAGCACCAUGAGCUCGAUAUCCAUGGCGCCCCUCAUGUGUUUCAGUCACCCGAACGGCGUCCACAGCCUCCUCAAGUAUCCGAGCAUUACGUGUGGCACCGCUGACCACGCCAUCAUGCUAGCGACUUGGUUUGGCAAGCAACUCAAGCGUUGA